AUGGAUAUCGUUUUUCACAAUGGCACGAACGGCUCGAGCCCUUGGGUUGAAUUCUACCCAUACACACCCUCUGCUACGGCGGGCUAUGCCUUCAUGGCAAUCUUUGGUAUCACAACAGUCGUCCACCUUGUCUUGAUGUGCCCUUUCCGCGCUGCCUACUUUAUACCUCUGGUAUUAGGAGGUGUUUGUGAGACAUUUGGUUACUAUGGACGAGCAUGGUCACACCAAUCUCGAUUCGAAAUCAAAUCUUGGGCACUACAAGAGAUGUUGAUUCUCUGUGCACCACCACUCAUUGCUGCGACAGUCUAUAUGGUUCUCGGUCGCAUUAUUCGCUCCUUCGACGCCGAACACCUCUCCUGUAUGCGCCCUAACCGGCUCACAUUCGUAUUUGUGAUGAACGAUGCGUUAUGCUUCUGCACACAGCUGGGUGGCGCCGGUGUACAGAUCACCGGUGACUCUACUAUCAUGAGCAUUGGCAAAAAGAUCGUUCUCGCUGGUUUGAUCUUCUCGCUGGUCGUCUUCGGCUUCUUUGUGAUCAUCGCAGUAACCUUUCACCGCCGACUCAAGCAAAGACCUACCCCCAUCCUCACAAAAAACCCGGCUCUUGCGUGGACGCGGUAUAUGUGGACGCUCUACGUCGCCUGUGCCGCCCUUAUGGUCCGCAACCUGGUUCGAACAAUCCAGUUCGGCGCGAACAGGACCUCUGAUCUCAACACUAAAGAGGCAUACAUCUACAUCUUCGACGCUUUUCUUAUGUUUUUGGCUAUGCUUGUUCUGAUCAUGUAUCAUCCUGGUUUGCUUAUUAGAAACACUCGCCAAGCAAUGAAAGCUGUUGGCUUCCAUCAGCCCCUGACGGAUGACCGGAGCUCGGGACAGGUUCUUUUGACAGAAUAUGAGCCGCGACCAACCCAUUAA